UGUUGGUCGCGUUGAUGCCUCUGGGCAGUUGUCAGCAACGCUGCUGUAUGCCCAGUCAGUGGGAGUCUCCUAUAGGUAUACUCGAGGGAUUCCAUUCCACGCACACCAACACAAGCGGGGAAGUCGAGGGCAUUGACAGAAUAUCUUACGAUUACCCGAAUAAGAGAGUGGCAGGAACCAUGACAGUGACGUCAGGCGGAAAACCUGUCUCCAAAAUCAAGUCCAUCACAGAUUUUCAUCGGAAAAAGACCUACAUAAUCAGUGACAAGAACUGUUCCGUUUCGGAUAUCGAUGGCAACGAAAAACGGAAGGACUGGGAAUGCAUUCCAGACGACGCCACUUACGCUGGGUUGACGUACUUCGGUGGUGGGAACCAGAGGUUGUACGUGGACCAGUGGCAUUAUAAGAUAAAGGGGAUGGACGUAAGAAUGGACUUUGCCAGACCGAGUUGUGUCCCCGUGAGUGAGGCUGUCACUGGACAACUGAGCGCUGAUAUGGACGGGCUGGUUCUGGUCUCUUACUCAGGCUUAACAUUAGGGAUUCGCGACGAAAGGGUGUUUGACCCUCCUGAGAACUGCAAACAUUCCGGCCAGACUAUAACGGUUGGCGGAUCCGGAACUGUAGGCGGCAUCAUAGGCAGGAUGAGGAGACAAGCCAAACAUGAACCAUAAUAAACAACUAUAACCACAAAGUUUUACACGUGU